AUGUAUUUUUGUUGCAUCAAUGAAAAUAAAGAAUAUCCUGAAAAUGAUAGGUUAUUCUUUAAAAUUUGGAGGAAUAAAUCAAUUUUAAAUGAAAUAUUAUUUCAUUUAAAUAUUUCAAAUAAUUAUAUUUCCAAGAGAAUUUUUACAUUUACUGAUUUAUUGGAUGGUAAUUUUAGAUCAAGUCCAUUUAAAGAUUAUUUCAAGAGUUUAUUAAUUAAAAAUUCAUUACAAGAUACAAAUGUAAUUGAUGAACAAACAUUAGAAUCACUAAAACAAAUACCACCAUCUGUAGAUAAACUUCAUAUUCAACUUUUUCAAGAAAAUCAAUCACAAUCAAUCUUCAAAGCUUCAUUUCUACCUCAAUCAAUCACAGAUUUAACAUUUACAAUUUACCAAAGUGAAUCAAUUUUAAGUGAAAAUAAAUUUAAAAUAGAUAAUGAUAAUAAUAAUUUAAAAUCAUUACGUUUGGAAACAAUACAAUUUGGUGGUAAUCUAGAAUCAUCAUCAUCAUCAUCAUCAUCAUCAUCAUCAUCAUCAUCAUCAUCAUCAUCAUCAUCAUCAUCAUCAUCACCUAAUUUAAAAAGUUUAUUAUUGUUUUCAGGAUUAACAUCAUUAAAUUUAUCAAUAAAAUUUAAUAUUGAAAUAUUACCAAAUGUAUUACCAAAAACAUUAAAAACAUUAAUACUAUCAGAAGAUUUUAAUAGAGUUUUACAUGUUGGAUCAUUACCUGAAUCAUUAAGUUAUUUAAAAUUUGGUAGAGAAUUUAAUCGACCAUUAUUUCCAAUUCAAGUUUUACCAACUCAACAAUUGAAAUAUCUUUACUUUGGUGAUUUAUUUAAUCAAUCAAUUAAUGAUUUACAAAUUUCAAAUUUACAAGUUUUAGAAUUUUCAAAUUAUAAUUCAUUAUCCAAUAAAUUAAAAUUACCACCAUUAAAUCAUUUAAAAUCUUUAAAACUUGGUUCAGGAUAUAAAUAUAGUAAUAUAUUUAAUUCAGAUGAUGAUAAUAAUAAUAAUUCAAUUAAAAAAUUAAAAAUUGGUAAAAAAUUAAAUAUUAAAAAUUUAAAAAUGUUUACAAAUUUAACAAAUUUAGAUAUUUCAAAUGUAAAUAAAAUUAAAACUGGAAAUUUAUUAUUGUCAUCAUCAUCAUCAAAUCAAAUUUUACCAAAUACAAUUAAGAAAUUAAAGGUUAAUUUAGAUAAUUUGAAAUAUAUUAAAUUACCAAAAUCAGUAGAUAGAUUAGUAUUAAUUGUAGAUUCAAGUAUCUCUAGGGAUCUUAUUAAUGGUACUCGUAGUUUAAUUCCAAAUCAUAUUACAUGUUUAGAUUUUAAAAUAUCAAGUUCAAUUUCAUUUGAACCAAUUUUAUUAUUAUUUAAAAAUUUAACAAACUUAAAAUCAUUAUCAUUUAGUAGCUACCAUGGUAAUUCAUUAACUAGAAUUGUAAAUAAACAUAAUUUACCAAUGAGUUUAUUAAAAUUAGCUGCUGAACUUAACGAUAACCAUAAUAAAGAUGAAGAAACAGUAUUCCCAAAAUCAAUUGAAAUAUUAAACUUUAUUUCAUUAUCAAGUCAAAUUAAACCAUUGGUAUCAUUCCCAUCAAAUUUAAAAUCUUUAAGAAUCAUUCAAUAUAGAGAAGAAGAAGAAAUACCAAAAUUACUAAAUUCAAUAAAAUUAUUAGAAUUACCAAUUACACUUUCACAAGAGAUAGAUUCCACUUGGUUACCAUCAUCAAUUGAAACUUUAAUUUUAAAUGGUGAUCCUAUAAUUAAAGAUUUACCAAACUCUUUAAAAACGUUAUACAUUAAUGACAAUAAUACCUCAAUUCUAAACAAUCAUCAAUUAUUCACUCAACUAUUACCAAUUAUAAAAGUUUAUAAUUUUAAAAAUUCAAAAUUAUUUAAAAUACUUUCAAAAAAAUAA